AUGAAAGAUCCAUUCGAAUCGUUGGAAUACGCUCAAAAAAGCACUUCUGAUCGAAGUAUUUGUCUUCUAAAGCCUAGUGAAGGUCGAACAUGUCGAGAAGAUGAAUCACCUCCUCGAACAAAUUUACAGUAUUUCUACAGUAAUCGUGAUAAACGUUGUAAACUUUACUUCUAUCGAGGAUGUGGUGGUAGUCAAAAUCGAUUUGAUACUAAAAGGCAUUGUGAAUUAACAUGCGCUGGUGUAUAA